AGACUGAGGGUCUCAAAGUGAACAAUUUUCCCUGGCCCCUGAAGCCAGGAAAAGACAGAGGUAGGCCCCAAAUCCGCAUUCCAUCCUUUAGGGUGUGCACAUGUCAGCAGUAGGAAUGACUGGGCUGCAGCUGCAGGUUCUGGCUGUGGGAGUUAAAUCCGCUCGUGGUCUACAUGGAUCCAUCAAGGAUCUGAGACAGCUAGGGCCUGGGGAUAUGUAUUCCUGAGACCUCAGAUUCCUCUCUCUUCUGGUUUUCCUUCUGUGAGGGUGAAUUAGUGGUGCGGUGAGGUAGAGACAUAGGGGGAAAGAGAGGGGAUAGAUGGAGAGAAACUGAGAGAUGUGGGGGAAGAAGACACGGAGUCAAGGCAGAUGCCCAUGGAGGAGCUGUCGCUCUGCCAGGGAGAAAAGAAAAAAUGGGGAGAAAUGCAGGGUCCCGGGCGCUCCCCAGGAUGCCUGCCCAUCCCCAUCCCCAUGUUUCCCCUUCCCCACCAGCGCCGGGGUUUCAUUCAGCCUGAAUCCUGAGGCUGUCUCAUCCUGACCCAUCCACACAAGGCUGGACCGAAUCCGAGGGGUAGGGGGCUGACCGGCCCUGCUUCUGCCCCUGCCCCGGGAGCUUCCCCGCCCCCCCCCCCCCCCCCCGCCCCCAGCAAGAUUCUGAUGUAACCCUCAAGCCUGGAUGCUUUACUCUCAAAUUAUGCUGAUCCUGCGGCGGGACAUCCUAGGAGACCUUUCACCCCAGAAUGCUGUGGGGGACACGGGGUCCGGGGUCCUGGUUCUCCAGGCGUCCCCUUUCCCUGGAGACUCCAUCUCCCGCACCACCACGCCCGCACACGCAGCCCCUGAACGCGCGAGGAGGCCAGAAGCCCCGCGGCGGCCGCCGGUCCCCGCCCCGGGCCGCCAUUGGCUGUUGCCAUGGCACCAGCCCGUCUUCCCGCGCCUCUAUUGGCCGCCUCGCGUGCAUCCCGCAUCCCGCAUCCUCCCCCGCUCGCGGUGGUCUCGCCCAGCGCCCUGAGUGGCGGCGCCGCCUGCCAGGCCCGCACCGGCCUUUGUCCUCCCCAGAGCCCCUUGCUCACGCCGCCAAGACCCCCGGAACCCCGGAGCCGGCGCCCCCGCGGCCGCCCUGGCCCAGGAGCGCCAGGAUCUCAAGCGGGGUCUCGGGAUUGCGCCGAGGGAGGGGGACCGGGCCCCUGGGGGGUCCGCCAGCCCAGCCCAGCUGGAGUAAGAUAAGUGCUGCAGGAGCUAAAGAUGACGAGCUCCGUGGCACCCUACGAACAGCUGGUUCGGCAAGUGGAAGCCUUGAAGGCCGAGAACAGUCACCUGAGGCAGGAGCUUCGAGACAACUCAAGCCACCUGUCCAAGCUGGAGACCGAGACAUCUGGCAUGAAGGAGGUACUGAAGCACUUACAGGGUAAGCUGGAGCAGGAGGCCCGAGUGCUGGUGUCCUCAGGGCAGACGGAGGUGCUGGAUCAACUGAAAGCCCUGCAGAUGGAUAUUACCAGCCUGUACAACCUCAAGUUCCAGCCCCCAGCCCUGGGCCCUGAGCCUGCUGCCCAGACCCCUGAGGGAAGCCCAGUACAUGGCUCCGGGACUUCCAAGGACAGCUUUGGGGAAUUGAGCCGGGCCACCAUCCGGCUGCUGGAGGAACUGGACAGAGAACGGUGUUUCCUGUUGAAUGAGAUUGAGAAGGAGGAAAAGGAGAAGCUCUGGUACUACUCCCAGCUGCAGGGCCUGUCCAAGCGCCUGGAGGAGCUCCCGCACGUGGAGACGCAGUUCUCCAUGCAGAUGGACCUGAUCCGGCAGCAGCUGGAGUUUGAGUCCCAGCACAUCCGGACGCUGAUGGAAGAGCGCUUUGGCACCUCCGACGAGAUGGUGCAGCGGGCGCAGAUCCGUGCUUCUCGCCUGGAGCAAAUCGACAAGGAGCUGCUGUCUGCGCAGGAUCGGGUGCAGCAGACUGAGCCCCAGGCCCUGCUGGCAGUAAAGUCGGUGCCAGUGGACGAGGACCCUGACACCAAGGUCCCUGUGCACCCUGAGGACGGUGCCCCUCAGCCAGGCAACAGCAAGGUGGAGGUGGUCUUCUGGCUGCUGUCAAUGCUGGCAACACGGGACCAGGAGGACACAGCACGCACGCUACUCGCCAUGUCCAGUUCUCCUGAGAGCUGUGUGGCCAUGCGCCGCUCCGGCUGCCUGCCACUGCUACUGCAGAUCUUGCACGGCACAGAGGCCGGGGCUGGGGGUCGCAACGGGACCCCCGGGGUGCCCGGAGCCAAGGACGCACGCAUGCGUGCCAACGCAGCUCUGCACAACAUUGUCUUCUCCCAGCCCGACCAGGGCCUGGCGCGCAAGGAAAUGCGUGUCCUGCACGUGCUGGAGCAGAUCCGAGCCUACUGUGAGACCUGCUGGGAUUGGCUGCAGGCGCAGGACAGCAUCACCAAGGGAGGCGGGGUGGGCAGCGCCCCAGUCCCCAUUGAGCCACAGAUCUGCCAGGCCACCUGUGCGGUGAUGAAGCUGUCCUUCGAUGAGGAAUAUCGCCGUGCCAUGAAUGAGCUGGGUGGGCUGCAGGCUGUGGCAGAUCUACUGCAGGUGGAUUAUGAGAUGCACAAGAUGACCCAGGACCCACUCAACCUUGCCCUUCGCAGAUACGCUGGCAUGACCCUCACCAACCUCACCUUUGGGGACGUCGCCAACAAGGCCACACUGUGUGCCCGGCGUGGCAGCAUGGAGGCCAUCGUGGCCCAACUGGCUUCUGAGAGCGAGGAUCUUCACCAGGUGGUGUCCAGCAUCUUGCGCAACCUGUCCUGGCGGGCCGACAUCAACAGCAAGAAGGUCCUGAGGGAGGUUGGCAGCAUGACCGCCCUGAUGCAGUGCGUCCUCCGAGCCUCCAAGGAGUCCACCCUGAAGAGCGUGCUCAGUGCCCUGUGGAACCUCUCGGCACACAGCACGGAGAACAAGGCAGCCAUCUGCCAAGUGGACGGCGCCCUGGGCUUCCUAGUGAGCACGCUGACCUACAAGUGCCAGAGCAACUCGCUGGCCAUCAUCGAGAGCGGCGGAGGCAUCCUGCGCAACGUGUCCAGCCUCAUCGCCACCCGAGAGGACUACAGGCAGGUGUUGCGGGACCACAACUGCCUGCAGACUCUGCUGCAGCACCUGACAUCACACAGCCUGACCAUCGUGAGCAACGCCUGCGGCACCCUCUGGAACCUGUCCGCCCGCAGCCCACGGGACCAGGAGCUGCUGUGGGACCUGGGCGCCGUGGCCAUGCUGCGCAACCUGGUGCACUCCAAACACAAAAUGAUUGCCAUGGGCAGUGCCGCCGCCCUGCGCAACCUGCUGGCUCACCGGCCUGCCAAGUACCAGGCAGCAGCCACGGCCAUCUCCCCCAGCGCCUGUGUGCCCAGCCUGUACGUGCGCAAGCAGCGGGCCCUGGAGGCCGAGCUGGACGCGCGGCACCUGGCCCAGACGCUGGACCACCUGGAGAAGCAGGACCUGCCCGAGGCCGAGGCCGAGGCCGAGGCCGCCUCCAAGAAGCCGUUGCCGCCCCUGCGGCACCUGGACGGGCUGGCCCAGGAUUAUGCCUCAGACUCGGGCUGCUUCGACGAUGAUGAUGUGCCCUCCCUGGCCGCUGUGGCCGCCACCGCCGAGCCUGCCAGUCCUACUGUGCUGUCCCUCUUUCUGGGCAGCAACUUCCCGCAAGGCCAGGCACUGGCCCGGGCCCCACCUGCCCAUCGCGGUGGCCCAGAGCUGGAGAAGGAGGCCGGUGGGGAGGCAGCCUUGGCAGCCAGGGCCAAGGCCAAGCUGGCACUGGCAGUGGCUCGGAUUGACCGGCUGGUGGAGGACAUCUCGGCCCUGCACACUUCAUCUGAUGACAGCUUCAGCCUCAGCUCUGGGGACCCGGGGCAGGAGGCACUGCGGGAGGGCCGAGCCCAGUCCUGCUCUCCUUGCCGGGGGCCUAAGGGUAGGCAGCGGGAGGCCAGUGGCCGAGGUCACCCCUUGUUGCGGCUCAAGGUAGCCCACGCCAGCCUCUCCAAUGACAGCCUUAACAGUGGUAGCACGAGUGAUGGGCACUGUCCCCGUGACCCCAUAAGGCCCUGCCCGCUGGCCUCAUUGGCCAAGCGCCGAGAAGGGCUCCCCUGUGGCCAGGCACGGCCCAACCAACUCGAUCUCCACCUGCCGGGCGGCCAGGCCAAGCCGGUAGCCCGGGAAGCUGCAGCCGCCGACGCCUGCGUGCGCACCAUCAAGCUGUCACCUACCUACCAGCAUGUGCCACUGCUCAAGGACACUGCCAGGGCUGGUGUGGGGCUCCCGGCCCCUGGCGCCCGGAGACAUGCCUGGCUGUCUGCAGAGGGCCUGAACAAGGCUCCCGAGAAGCUGGUGGCGGAGGCGGCACCACUCUGCCUGUCCCAGUGUAGCUCCCUGUCCUCACUGUCCUCGGCUGGCCACCCGGGACCCAGCGAGGCAGGGGACCUGGAUGACAGUGACUCGUCCCUGGAGGGGCUGGAGGAGGCUGGCCCCAGCGAGGCGGAGCUGGACGGGGCCUGGCAUGGGCCGGGGGCUGCCUCCCUGCCCAUGGCCAUCCCGGUGCCGCCUCGGGGCCGGAGCCUGGGAGUGGAGGACACCACCCCAUCCAGCUCCUCAGAGAACUGUGUGCAGGAGACACCACUGGUGCUCAGCCGCUGCAGCUCGGUGAGCUCCCUGGGCAGCUUUGAGAGCCCAUCCAUUGCCAGCUCCAUCCCCAGUGACCCCUGCAGCGGGCUGGGCAGUGGCACAGUCAGCCCCAGCGAGCUGCCCGACAGCCCUGGGCAGACCAUGCCACCGAGCCGUAGCAAGACGCCGCCCCUGGCGCCCCCACCUCCUGGUGAGCACGGAACCACCCAUUUCAGCCUGCAGUGGGAAAGCUACGUGAAGCGCUUCUUGGACAUCGCCGACUGCCGCGAGCGCUGCUGGCUGCCCUCCGGGCUGGACGCCGGCAGUGUGCGCUUCACCGUGGAGAAGCCGGACGAGAACUUCUCCUGCGCCUCCAGCCUGAGCGCGCUGGCCCUGCACGAGCACUACGUGCAGAAGGAUGUCGAACUGCGGCUGCUGCCUCCAGCCUGCCCUGAACUUGGCGGGGGUGGUGGGCCUGGCCAGCACUUCGCUGGGCACUGCUGUCGAGAUGAGGCCAGUGGUCGCCUUGAAGGACCGCCUGCCACCAACCAGGAGCUGGAGCUGCUGCGGGACUGCCUGGGUGCAGCCGUGCCCACCCGGCUCCGCAAGGUGGCCUCGGCACUGGUGCCCAGCCGCUGCGCACUUCCCAUGCCCGUCUACAUGCUGGUGCCCACCCCGGCCCGGGAGGACGGCUCAUGCACUGACUUGGCCGAGGGCACGCAGGUCAAUUUCGGUGUGGCCUCACUCAGCGAUGAGGCACUGCAGGCAUCUCCCAGGGACCCAGCUGGUGGGUGUGGGGACAGGCAGAAGCCAACAGGCCUAGAGGCUCCUGCCAGGCAGGCCACUGGGCGCCGGCACAGGGUUGGGGGUGCAGGCUGCAGAACGGAGCCAGCCCGAGGGCUGGUCAGGAACAGGGCACGGCUGGAGCUGCCCCUCCAAAAGCCCCCGAGAGCUUGUGCAGACAAGAAAAGCCCCCAAUUGGGCCGAGCUCAUGGGGAGGGGGCACUGCAGUCCCUAUGCCUCACAACGCCUACUGAGGAGGCUGUGUACUGCUUCUACAGCAACGGCUCAGACGAGGAGCUGUCCACAGCGGCGGGGGUGACACCCUCCCGGUGGGCAUCUGCUACGCCCCAGACAGCGAAGAGGGAGCGCCUGGCUGGCAAGAAGAAGGCACAGGCUGUAUCCAACGCCACAAUGCCCACCCGGGCCCAGCCUAGCCUCAUUGCUGACGAGACACCACCAUGUUACUCCCUGAGCUCCUCCACCAGCUCCCUCAGCGAGCCUGAGCCUGAGCCUGAGGCUGGCAGGCCCCGUGCCCAUGAGCCAGUGGUCACCAAGGACCGGGGCCCUGGCAGCGGGAAUGACGGCCGUCCCAGUUCUCAGGCCAAAGAAGAGAUGCUGAGGCGCUGCAUUGGCUCAGCCACGCCCAGGCGCCGCCCACAGGUGUCAGAUCCAAGGCGUCGCAAGCCCCGAGAUGCCCGGCUGGACAAGCGGUCAGAGGGGCCGCGGGAGCGUGGCGAGGAGGCAGCAGGGUCCGACCAUGCCUCGGAUCUGGACAGCGUCGAGUGGCGCGCCAUCCAGGAGGGCGCCAACUCCAUCGUCACCUGGCUGCACCAGGCCGCAGCAGCCGCCACUCAGGAGGCCUCGUCUGAGUCUGACUCUCUCUUGUCCUUCACGUCAGGGCUGUCUGUGGGCUCCACCCUACAGCCCUCUCUACACAGGAAAGGGCGGCCGACACGAGCAAAGGGACAAGCGAGCAGUGCCACCCGGCCAGAGAAACGGGAUGUGGCCCUGGCCCAGCGCAGCAGCAGCUCCUGCUUGCCCAUUGGCCCAGAGAAGCUGCGCGGCGCCCAGAAAACCACACCCGGGAUGCCAGCUAUGCUUCGAGGAAGAACAGUGAUCUACAUGCCCAGCUCAGCCACCCGAUCUCAGCCCAAAGGCACCCCUGGCCUCCACACCACACCGAGGAAGAUGGGACCCCAGAGCCCCACACAGCCAGCAGCUCCCACCAAAGCCCUGGGCCCUGGGCAGCAGCGGUCUCGAAGCCUGCACAGGCCUGGCAAGAUCUCAGAGCUUGCAGCCCUGAGCCCCCUCCAGAGGAGUGCCACGCCACCGGCCCGCCUCACGAAGACCCCCUCAUCCAGCUCCUCCCAGACCUCCCCUGCCUCCCAGCCCCUGCCCAGGAGGCCGCUCCCAGCUGCCCAUGUUUCGGGGCCCCUGCCCAGCCCCGGGGCCUCACUGGUGUCCAAGACACCCACGCGGGCCCUGCUGGCCAAGCAGCACAAGACACAGAAGUCACCUGUGCGGAUCCCCUUCAUGCAGAAGCCCACCAAGCGGGUGCCACCAUCCCCGGCCAGGGCAGCCCCAGAGCCAGGCUCCAGGGGUCGGGUGGUGUCCAAGGGGUGCCCGAGUGCCCCAGGGGGCCGCCUGGGCCUGGUGCGCAUGGCCUCGGCCCAGUCCAGUGGCAGCGAGUUCUCCAACCGCUCAGGUUUCCAGCGGCAGCUGACCUUCAUCAAGGAAUCGCCAGGCCUGCUGCACCGACGUCGUCUGGAGCUGUCCACAGCCAAAGCCGCCCCCUCCGCCUCCCAGGGUGGCUCACCCCGCCGGAGCAGGCCUGCGCUGCCCACCGUCUUUCUCUGUUCCUCCCGCUGCAAGGAACUGCGGGCACCCUCCCCACAGGCCCCGACCCCCCAGCAGCCCCCCUCAGCGCGGUCAGGCCCUGGCAAGCGGCCACCGAGGCGCACCAGCUCAGAGAGCCCGUCACGUCUGCCCAUCCGCAAGCAGGCCACCCAGCCUGAGGCCGUCAAGCGCUAUGCCUCUCUGCCCCACAUCAGCACGGCCCCAAAGCCGGAGGGCGCUGCCCCUAGUCCCGCCUCGGACCCCGCACGCCGCGGCAGCGAUGGAGAGGCCCGGCCGCUACCCAGGGUGGCCUCGCCGUGCACCACUUGGCGUCGCAUCCGGGAUGAGGACGUGCCACACAUCCUGCGGAGCACACUGCCCUCUACCGCCCUGCCGCUCAUGGGCACCUCGUCAGAGGAGUGCCCAGGCAGUCCCCUGCAGCGCAAGACCAGUGAUGCUGUGGUCCAGACAGAGGAUUUUGCUGCCACCAAGACCAACUCCAGCACAUCCCCAAGCUUGGAGAGCAGGGGGCCGCCCCAGGCCCUGGCCAGCGGACCUACAUCCCUUCUGGGCAGCGACGUGGAUAAGCCUGGUCCUGCCAAGGCACCCACCUCGGCCCCCUUCACCCAUGAGAGCCUAGGAGUGGCUGGGGGGGGCUUUGCUGCCAGCCGGCAUGGCUCCCCCAGCCGCUCGGCCCGAGUCCCCCCCUUCAACUAUGUGCCCAGCCCCAUGGUAGCAGCCACCACCACUGACUCAGCUGUGGAGAAAGCCCCCGUGCCCGCUGACCUCCUAGAAUAGUUGCCUGGACUGGUUUUCUGGAACAUCCUCUCUGGUUGUCCUGAGGGUGGUCCCGGGAACUGCCUACUCACCUGAGUCCCCGCCUCAGGGCCCCACCCCAGCCCGUCGGCCUCACAUCUCAUGCUUUUGUGCUGUGGGGGCUAGGGAAGGAGUUGGGCUGCGUGCUGGACCUCAAGUCCCAGCCUGGCCCACAUGCAGAGACCAUCUUCCUGACCCCCAGCCCAGCUGCGCUUAAGCCUCAGCAGGACACUCAUCUCUGGGGAACCCAGGGGGACUGCAGCAUCCGCCUGAGGUGGGGGGUGAGGCUUCAGGGUGGUGCCAUCUAGCACAGGCCCGAGGCAUCCAUCGGAGGACAACGCUCAUUACAGGAGCAGCUGGGUAAUUUUCAAUGAUAACUGCUGAACUGAGAGAGGGACAUAGCUGAGCCUGACAAUGAGACAGGCCCCUCCAUUUUAGGUGCCAAGCCAGAGGCUAAUGGAUAGAACACUGUCAGAACAGCCUGGAAGGAGCAAGGAGAGAAGGGCAAAGGAAGAUAGCUGGGUGAUGCGGGGACACCCUAUAUCCCCACUCCUGGCUGGGGUGGGUGCUGGUUUUGGCCAAAGGAGGAAAAGGGGGACUAGAGAGGUAGGUGGAGGGAGUCAGGAACAGCUGGCAGGUGAGGUGCAGUGGGAAGGAGGAGGAGAGUCAGCCAAAUACGGUUCACCUUGGUGACAUACAAAGCCCAGGACCUAUAGGGCGGCACAACUGCAGGGACUGGGGUGGGGCUGACACCUGGCCUAGGAGCUACAGGGCCUAGGGCCCCAGUCCUGUGGCCAGACUAGCUGGAUGUGUAGAGGCUAUGGCUGCUGGGGUGCUCAAGUGCUGGUGUCAGAGAGGCAGAGAUGGAGCACAAGGAGCCUGGUGGGCCUCGGGCUCCUGCCAGUGUGCAGUAUGCGGGGACACUGCUCAGGUCCCCCUCGGCUUCCUGCAGAUACAGCCAAUGACCUCAUUCCUGGGGAAGCCUGGCUUUGAGAAGUAGCUGCUCUCGGGCUCAUAGACCUGCCACAGUGCGGUGGGAGCUGCCCCAGAGGGGCUGGGGAGCAGAUGCUGUUUGAGGAGAUGGGCAACAUGAUGACUAGAUUUUAGGUCCCUUCUCUGGGAAGUUGGGUGGAAGUGCAGAAGGAGCUCCUGUCCCUGCCCAUGGGCACCACUGUCGCCCCCACCCCCUGUCCAUGGAAAGAGCUGAGACAAGAACAGAAGUGUUUACUGGACCAUCCUCAGUUUCCCCAGUGGGGCUCUUGGGGCCACCCUGAUUCAACUCUCAGAGACACACAGACAUCAUGUUACUUCUGCUAACAUGUCUGUGUCAUGUAUUAUAAGCCCUGGAACACCCUGUCCACCAGGACAACUGCCCGGGCUCUGCCUCAGGCCACGGGCAGGAUGCUGGAAUGGCUAGAUGCACCAAGUACUCCUUUUAUGACCAAACUUCUAGGAUGAGCUGGCACACAGAGGACCAUGGCAAUGAGAGCUGGGCAGUGCAUUGCAUGAGCCCAUAGUUAACCCUAGGACACACUGGAGCGGGAGGUGGGGAGGGGAGUACAGGAGGAAUAUUUCAGAUGCAUCUCAGAAACCAGGAUUCCUCGUCUCCAUCCUUAACCUGA